AUGCAUUUCUCUCCUUUGUCUUCCAGUGCUGUCAUUCUCAUUGCGACCCUUAGCAACGCAGCACCAGUCACGACUAUUAUCCCCGGUGUGAACAUCACCUCAACCAACGCUGCAGCUGAGAACCUCAUCCCCAACAGCUGGUUCUUAGUAUACACGAACGGCACCAGCGAUGCAGAUUUCAACAACCACAUCCAGAAAAUUCACACCAAACUCGGCAAAACCCCAAGCUCGACCUUCAACCUCAAUGGCUUCAAAGCCAUCCUCAUGGAUACGGACGCCACCGGCCUCGCGCAGAUUGGAACUGAUGCAGUGAUCGAUCACGUCGAAUACAACGUGCAGAUGUCUCUCGAUCCAAUGCUCGCCGCCAGCGCUGUGACCAAGAAAACCAGCCCAGCACCCAUCAAAAACAGCAACCAACUCAACGCCCCUUGGGGACUCUCUCGAAUCUCCCACAAAAACCUCGGUAAAUAUACCGACUACCUGUACGACUCCUCUGCGUGCGAUGGCACAGUUGCCUACGUCCUCGACACCGGGAUCAUGGAUACCGAUAUCGAGGGACACGGCACACAUUGCGCGGGCAUCGUCAUCGGAGAGGAAUCCGGCGUCUGCAAAUUUGGCGAAGCUGUCGCCGUCAAACAUAUUUCGACGCCAUCAAAACGGGCAAAACUGCACAAGUCCGUCCAAACAAUCUCGAUCGCCGGUCCCUAUUCUCCAAUGUUGAACGCUCUCGUGAACGCGGUUGUCUUGGGCGGUAUGCCCGUUGUCGUCUCAGCCGGAAACCAGGGAGCCGAUGCGUCUGAUUACUCGCCUGGAUCUGCUCUGGACUCUAUGACGACCGGGGCUAUUGACCAGAAUGACAACAGGCCUAAUUGGUCCAACUGGGGGCCUAGCGUUUAUAUUUUUGCUCCUGGGGUGGAUAUUGAGAGUACAUGGAUUACUUGUGAUACUUGCUACCUGACUCAGAGUGGCACGAGUAUGGCGGCGCCGCACAUGGCGGGGUUGGCCAUGUAUUUUAUGGCGAAGGAGAAUCUGGUUAUACCUAUGACUGUGAUCCAGGCAGUUAUUGGCGCUGCGAGCGUGGGGUUGGUUGGUAAUCCGCAAGGAAGUUACAAUAAGAUUGGGUACAAUGCGGAUGGUGCUUGA